CCCCCAUUGUUUAGGUCAGCCCCAGCCCCCUCAGAGAAGAGAACUGAUACUGAAUCAUUUCUAUUUUCUCCACGAAAACUUCGAUAAUCACUUCCAAAUAAUGCUUCUGAGAAGUGCUUCUACUCCCCUGCUCAAUUCAUGGCUACACCAUUCAAGGGAUUCAUCCGCAGAACCCGAGAUUGUGCAUCAAAUUCCCAGGUCGCGUUCCAUUCUCCAUCUCCUCUCUGGCUCCCCCAGUUCCAGCUUGUCUCCGAUAAUCGACGAUUCGCCGCGGAAGAUUUCUCGGGCGCGAUCCGAGACGGAUCUUCGGGACCUCUCCAUCACCAGGACGAAACCCUUUACCAGAACUCUCAGUGGGUUUUCUGAGGUGGCCGAAGAGGGAGAUGUGAUUGGGUUUACCUGCUCCAACACGCUGUCCUUCAGCUGUGGCUUGAUUUCUGAAGUCUCUGACGUUGGUGUUCUGGUUGGAGGUGGAGUUGGUGGUACUGGCGGAGGGAUCUGUGGCGGCGGAGGAUCCGACGGUGGGGACGAUGGGAGUUCAGGGUUUGGAGAUCAUUCGAGUUACGGGAAUGAGAGUACGGAUUUGUACUAUCAAAAAAUGAUCGAGGCAAAUCCUGGGAAUUCGAUGCUUUUAAGCAAUUAUGCUCGCUUCUUGAAAGAGGUUCGUGGAGACCUUGUAAAAGCUGAAGAGUAUUGUGGGAGAGCAAUCUUGAGCAAUCCAGGGGAUGGUAAUGUUUUGUCCAUGUACGCUGAUCUGAUAUGGCAAACUCAGAAGGACUCUCCAAGGGCCGAGAGUUAUUUUGAUCAAGCUGUUAAAGCUGCCCCUGACGACUGUUAUGUUCUAGCAUCGUAUGCACGAUUCCUUUGGGAUGCUGAAGAAGAAGAAGAAGAAGAAGAAGAGGAAGUAGGAGGGGAUAGCUUUAGCGAAAAGCCAGCAACGAGCUUCUUUCAAGGAGUUCACACCCCACCCCCUCUAGCUGCUGCUUCUUAGAUUUUCCCUGCCCCCAUUUCCUUUGUAUCAUAGCUUCAGAAAUAACAUCCUGACCCCUGUUUAUAUUCCUUAUUGGCUUUGAUAAGUUAGUAUCAAUAUUUUUCAUGCAGUGGUGAGUUGUAUCAUCCAUACAUAUCGAAUUUCUCCCUACGGAAUGAGAAUUGUAGAAAGAAAAUAAGAUAUAUAUGGCUUCAUAAUUUGAGGA